CCGUCUCUCACGCGCACCACCUGCUUGCCCAUCAACCGGUCGCUCCUUCCUUCGGCACGACAUGCCACUUUCGUCCGCGGCCAAAACGCAUCUUGAAUAAUUCUGCUCUUUUUCUCUCUUGGUCACGCGCAAUGACCCACACGAGCAUCAAUGACCCUGUAACAGGUGGUGCGGAGUGAUGUCGAGCACGGAGGCGCUGAAUGAGUGGAUGCAUUCGGCGAUGGCGGCGCCCAGCGCAGAGUGGGCCCUGCCAGAUGCCGAGUGCGUCAUUUGCUCCAUCCACUCGAAGCCCUCCGACCUGCGGAGGACCGGCCGUUGGGCCGAUCCUCUGCAGGCCUUUUUCUUCGAUGCAAAUCCGGAGGAUGCAGUGGUAGUCGGCGGUGGCGGUUCGUUCUCGAUGGAGCCGCUGAUGAAUCUGCCGGCCGACCUGUUCGAGCUGCAGCUUCCGUCGCCGCCACCGUUUUUCGACGCGAUGGUUAAUUCCAACAGCUCAUCCAGCCAGCACGAAAACAACAACACGUCCAAAUGCAACAACAACUUGUUCACCUCAGCCGAGCAGCAGCAGGACCUGACCGUUUCCGUCUUCGACCUCGCCGCUGCCGCCUACUGUCCAGACGCCGCCGUUCUGGCGCCGCCCUCUUCCGCCACUGAUGCAGGUCCUGCUGGUCUGCACUCGGCCCUGCAACCCUCCAUGUACGAAGACAAGCAGCCCUCCACAAUGCAGCAGACGUCCUUCCCUCAGCAAACAGACUCGUCCAGCUGUCCGACGACGUCCUUCGUCCCUGCCCUCUCGGACACCACCCUCCCGUCCCAACAACUGCAGCAAAUCAACGCGGCCGCCGCCGCCGAAAAUUUGGAACUGGAAGAAGGCGAGAUAGUUGACGACUCGGCUCCGUCUGUUGACACUUCUGGCCUGUUGAAGCUCAACUACGUGCGUCGUUCGUCGCCGCCGCCGCCUCCACCGACAAUUACUCUACCCUUAUCAGUCAACGUCCCACCGACAACAACCACCACCACAACCGAUCAAGAGACACUUUCACCCGAUGACCUGCAGUUCGCAGGUCUCGAAGACUUUGAGCUGCCGCCGGUGGCCUCGAUGCUGCACCACGCGCAGGUGGGCGCCGAUGAGAUCGUCAACAUGAUCAACGCCAACCAGCCCAAGAUCGUGAUCGAAGUGGCCGAGGUGGCCGCCGGCGAGCACGUGCCCGCGGGGCCGCACGACGCCCUCGCCCUGCAGCUCAUUCAGGGCAUCUCUUCGCACGUGCACAAAUUCAGCCAGAUCAACGCCGACUCGUCGGACAAACCCGCCAAUCCGUCGCCCGAGGAGAGUUGUCACGAGAACAGGAAUCUUGCCAGUAGUGAUAGAAUCGAAGCUAAGCAAACGGAUCCGCCGAUUAGAGAUAAGCAGUGGCAGCAGCCCGACCUUUUGACGAGUCGCGCUGAGUGCCUGCUCACCGAAAAUGCCAGAAAGACCGCACAGGAAAUCGCACUUGAACUCUCAGGAGCAGCUCUAGAGGAAUAUGGGAAGUCUUCCCAGCUUGGAGAGGGGCAGAAGAACUUAGUGAAGACUAAAGCCGCCCAAAAAAUGUAUGACUCGAGCAGCCCAAAAUCAGAUGGCACCGUGCCACUCAUUCUUCGCAGCAGUCGACCUUCAAUGGUGAGGCCUCCAAAGCGAGUUGACAGCAAGAAAAUCAUCACAGAAGGCCGAAUUUUACUAAAGCCGCCAACGGCUUAUGAAGGAAGCACAUUGAGUGGUCAACAGACUUUGAAAAUCGUUGACAUGUUUGCUCCUCAGACGCCCAUCAGGAGGUCCUCACCGACCCAAACUGUAAACUCGCCUAUCUCUGAAGUUUUUUCUAAAACUUCGGCCAUAGAAGUGAAAGUGUUGAAGAAUUCUAAUGAGAGUCUGAAUAUAAGCAAGGUAGUGGGUCCAUCGUCCUCAAGAAACUCACGUGAAACGUCCAAGCAAGCAAAACCAACAAAUCCGUCAUCAAUCCAAGCCAUAUCUGCGCAGGCAGCCCUCGAAAAGCUGGAAGCCUGCGGGGUUACAAUAACAUCAAAGGAGAAGUCAAAAUUGCCCUCACCAAAGAAAAAAACGUUGAUUGAAACACCAGGGAAAUCAGGAUCCGAUGUACAUCCUGAUAUAGUGGAACUGGAUUCAGUUAAGAAAACUCCUCCUUUUGAUGAGAGACCGCGCAAAUGCAUGGUGGUCCUUGAAAAAUGCUCAUCUCAAGAAACAGUAGUGUUUGGGAAUGAAACCCAAGCUUCCAAAAUAGCGGAAAGUAGUCCAUCUAAAAGAAGAACUGUAAAGAGGAAACUUGAAGAGGCACCAAGAAGUCCUGGAAAAGAGCAGGGAAAAACGAGCGCAUCUGUUUCUGUGGAUAGAAAUUCACCUCCUCCAUCGCCAAACAACUCUGCUCCUCCAUUGCCAAAAGAGAAGUCUAAAGGAAAACCAAAAGAGAGCUCUGAACUAUCUCUUUCAAAGCUGUUGGCAACUGAUGAGCAGCCUUUUGAAGGAUUUGACCUUCACGAUGAGGAAAUUCCUGCUCCGUUAGUGCAAAGUGUCCAAACUCAACCAAUGAUUCAAACUACUACAUUGGUCCAAACUUCUCCAGCUGCUACUGCAGGGCAAGUUAUUGAGUCAAAUGAAGUUGGAAAGGAAAAGUUGAAAAGUAAAAGUAACAUGAAAAAGAGCAAAGAGUUGGAUAGGAUCUCCUAUGGUACAUUGGGUGCUAGUCGUGAUGGUGAACUAGAUCAGGACUGGAGUAGACCUGUUCGAAGCUGCAGAAGGAGAACUUUGGAGAUCAUUAGGAAAGCAACUGGUGCUAACAAGAGGGCACAUGAGGAUGACAGUGAUAAAGACUCCGAAGAAGAAUCAGAUGAAGACUCCAGCGACGAAGACUUCACCAUGCGAGGAUCAGGCAAACAGCAGAAAAACGCCAGCAAAAUGUUUAAAUCCUUCAUCAACACAAGCAACUACAGUGGUUCCGAUAGUUCAGGCAACUUGGCGAAGAGCGCUGUUUCAAAUUUAAAGCAGUCGAAGUAUUUGCCCAUUGAGAACCAACGGUCACCAAUUGAUGACUUGGACAUGAUUGACAAUAUGAUUGAAGAAGCUUCCAAACCAACUGCUGUCGGAACUUCUGAAAAUACCAAGCUUAAGGCAAAAGGAGACUCAAAUAAGGAUAUUUCUCGGAAGAUCUUAGAAGAGUUGCCCAGUGUGGCCGAUCAGGCUAUAUUAAGUCUGCUGGCCAAAAAAACAUCAGGCAACAGUUCCUCCACCUCUCUACUGAACACCAACACUGGUGCUUUCCAUAGCUUGCCAGAUAUGGGUAUUAAUAAGACUGUCAUCAUAUUGACUGAGGAGGAAGUGACCGAGGUGGACAACGAAUUCAUAGGAUCUCUCAUAAACAACUCUUGCGUAUUAGCUAAAGAGAAUCCAGAUGAGAAUCCGUUUAAAUGCAAGUAUAUUUUACCAGCAGCUUUGCCACCAGACAACAUCGUGGAGCCUCCAAAAGUCAGUCAGCCAGAUUUUUGUGAGACAGUUAGUGAGGUUCAUAUCAAUUUGGACGACAGUCACAAAGCUGAUACAGACAAAAGUGAAUCAGACAAUAAUUCCGAAACAAUCGAGACAAAAAGUGAGAUAGAGAAAUUCUCUACCGUCGAAGACAGCAACUCAGCAAACAUGACUAUAUGGGAAGAGCCUUUGGAUACUGAAGUCAAAAUUGAGCCUAUUUCGCCAAAGUCAUCUGCAGAGACAAACUCGCCACCAUCCGAGUGUCAAGAGCCCCCUGCCAACAAAUCUAAAACGCCAUUUGCAGGAAAAAUGCCAGCUUUGAUCAAAACAAAAAUGCUUGACCGGCAGAAUGAAGUUAUGAGUGAAAUGCCGAUCACGCAAGCCGACCAAGCUAAGCAGAGUGCUGAGUUAAAUGUGAUGAGUAGAAAAGUACUUCCGGAAGAGCAGCCAAAGGAGCUACCUAAUUCGGGUGUCACGGAUGUUCAGGAUGAGGUUGAGGAUCAAAGAAAACGGGUGGAGGCAAGAAGUGAAGAGGCGCCCACAAAGCAUGCUGAAGCUGCAACUGAAACAGGAACAUCAAGAGACCCUCCUAAACCUGAAAACAUCAACCAAAACUAUCAAGAGCAACCAAACAAGAAGACUGAGCAAGUGAAAGAACGCGCCUCGUCCCCUGAAGACGGAAUAGAGUGCAUCGGCAACUACCCCCCAGAGAGACCACUUUCCACACCUUCCAUCUCCUCUGCCGUCUCUUUCAGCCGCUCUGUGGACAAAGUCAAUUCCGAAAGCGACUCUGAAGACGACUCUGACGAAAUCAUCGGUGCCAGUUCUGGUGAUGACUCGGACCUGGAUGAAUCAGCCAGCAAGUCCAACAAAAAGAAGAAAAAGAACAAAAAGGGGGAUAAAGAAAUGAUCAGCAUUCUGCGCAAGUACAUCAAAGCGCUUGAAAAUGAAAUGCAUAUGCAUAAGUCCCAGAACAAAAAGCUGAAACUAAAGUUGACCCAUAUGAAAAAGGAGAUGGCUGAAAAGGUCAGCACCUUGAACUGCUACAGGGCCAUGGUUGAUGCUGUUGUUGAAAGGUCCCUUUCGGACCCUAUAAUGGUGCCGACCAUUGAGGCAAUGAGAAUUCCAGGUGCUGAUGGCAUCCUUGAGACGAGCAAGAGGCGCGUACAGAUUAAGACAUGUCCAGGGGAUAAUUGAGUCCCGAAAUCCUCCCAGACACCUUGAUAGAUUUUUUUUAGGACUGUGUUCAUUUGAUAAAAUUGGCCAUGAUACCGUUCCUGUUAAGCAAAUGAUCCGUGCCUGGUGCUGAUUUUGAAUAAUAAGUUUUAUGAUGAUUAAUUAAGCACAGAAUAUGUUGUCCACAAAAAUAAUUCCACUUGUUUCUGACAAAUAACUUUUUCUAUGUAAUUGUCAUAUCUUGAAGAUUUUUAUCUCUCAUAACAGAGAAGUUUUCGCUUCCAGCAUGACCAAGAUUGCAUAAUUAUUAUUAUAUAAAUGAAAUGAAAUAUAUUACAAUGUAACAAUCCAUCAUAUAACCGCUACUCUAGCCAGCUGAGAAAAGAAAUUUGUCCUUAUAUCAAUGGCAUUUAAUCUGUUAUGAUACAAUAAUAAUUCUGAUUGUGACUACAAUUUGUACGCAGUGCAAAAUCACCACUUCAAAUGCCGCUGUAGAGCAUUUUUGAAACCGCUUUUCUUUCUCAAGAAAAUUAGCUGUUGCUGUAACAGUAUAAAGAACCAUUUUGAGCAGAUUCAUAAUAUUAUUAAUGUACAGUUUUAGCAGAAACCAAUAAAUUCAUAAA